UGAGAAUAAUAUAGAAACAAACACCUGGAAAACGAAACCUAUUAUAUAGAUGGUCUUUAUUUUUUGUUUCUUUAUUCGCUCUAUCGUCCAUUGAUAAGCCAAUUUUUAAGUGGUCCUCGUUGAAUUUGAGCCGGUCAUUGUUUAGAAUUAAAAAAAAAGAAGGUAAAAGAGUCAGAGCCGCCUAGAGAAAUCGAUCACAAAUUCAGAAGAAAAGAACAGAGAAAACAGAGGAAGAGGUGAGAUGGAGGAACUUGUAGGGCUUCUGAGAAUCCGAGUGAAGAGAGGGAUCAAUCUUGCUCAGCGAGACACUCUAAGCAGCGACCCUUUUGUUGUCAUAACCAUGGGAUCACAGAAGCUGAAGACUCGUGUUGUGGAAAAUAACUGCAACCCUGAGUGGAACGAGGAAUUAACCCUUGCGUUAAGACAUCCCGAUGAACCUGUGAAUCUGAUAGUGUAUGAUAAAGAUACAUUCACAUCGCACGACAAGAUGGGAGAUGCAAAGAUAGAUAUUAAACCAUUUCUGGAGGUUCACAAAAUGGGUUUGCAAGAACUUCCAGAUGGAACAGAGAUCAAGAGAGUUGUGCCCAACAGAGAAAACUGUUUGGCUGAAGCGAGCAGUAUCGUCUCCAAUAAUGGCAAAAUCGUUCAGAACAUGAUUCUUCUGUUGAGGAAUGUCGAAUGCGGUGAGGUCGAGAUUCAGCUUGAAUGGAUUGAUAUUCCAGGUUCUAGAGGGCUUUGAACAUAUCUCUUUCUGUGUGUAAUAAAAAAAAAACUCAGUUCGUUUUGGGUUUUUAGACAAAAGUCACAAUAAGUAGAACAGAGUACUACUCUGUUUUGUAAUUGAAAUAUUUGGUUUUAGCACCUAACCUAAAUCGUUUUGGUUUCCCGCGAGUUUUUUUAUUCUGUUGUUUGUUUGCAGAUGAAAAAAAAACGUGGAGAAGAAAAAAACAAAAACGAUCUAAUAAGCUUGGAAGUUUGCUUGCAGAUAUUUUUUUUUUGAAAAUUUUU